AGAAGAAGAACCCGAAAGCACCAUUUCAACGAAGAGCACUUGGUCGAUUUCUUUGGAGAACGUUUGAUAGUCACGGUCACUCAUACUCCCUCAGUGAUACGUCGAUGGAUCCACAGCAUCCGCUUCUUCAGCCGUCGCUCGUCACACCCUCUUGUUGUCGGACUCGGCGUCCAAUGAACACCCGGUGGUUCACAUCCUCCACCGGACACUCUCCAGUUAGGCGUUGGUAUCCGCUGUCUCAUCAUCCAGUUGUCUCACUUCAAGACAAGGAUAAGCUCGAGAGAUUCUGCCAUCAGUUGGAUAUCUGGAGACUUGUUGACAUAAGAAACUAUCUGCCUAGGUGGCUCUGGAAAUGUACGUUUGAGAGGAUUGUGGAGGAGUGUUUGGGGCACCAAGGAGUGAAGAAAGAUAAGGAGAUAUGUAGGAGUAAUUGGGGAGCUCGCAGCCUUUCUGAUGAUCAGAUUGUUCAGGCGUCACAUGAUGUCUUUGUUUGCUGCAAGCUCGGUGUUAAGGAACGUGUCUGGAAAAUGAGAGCUUGAAUCUUUCUUUUGUUGGCUUGUCUUGUUAGGAAAGAGCUAUUACCUUAAAAUAAUUUUUGUCUUUUUGUCUUUAAAACUAAAUGAUUAACGUUUUC